CUUUUCAAGCCGCCCAAGACACCCCACCUUUCAUUGGAAUAAUUCGUAGGUUAAUAUUAGGGAAAGAGGAGAAUUUAAGCUUAUCUGUGAAUUGGCUCUACCGACCUGCUGAUGUAAAGCUUGGAAAAGGUACCUUGCUAGAACCUGCACCCAACGAGGUCUUUUACUCCUUCCACAAGGAUGAGAUACCUGCUGCAUCGUUACUCCAUCCGUGUAAAGUCGCAUUCCUUCCUAAAGGUGUUGAACUUCCUUCAGGGAUAUCCUCAUUUGUGUGCAGACGUGUGUAUGAUAUUGAGAACAAGUGUUUAUGGUGGCUAACUGAUCAAGAUUAUAUUAAUGAACGGCAGGAAGAAGUAGAUAAGCUAUUAGACAAGACGCGACUAGAAAUGUAUGGAGCAGUGCAAUCUGGAGGCCGGUCUCCAAAGCGCUUGAAUGGUCCAACAGGAACACUGCAGUCAAGGCCUGGUUCAGAAAGUGUUCAGAACAGUAGCUCGCCCUUACCUUCUCAAGUUAAGGGAAAGAAGAGGGAUCGGGCUGAUCAAGGCUCUGAUCCUGUCAAACGAGAGCGUGUCUCCAGAGCAGAUGAUACUGAUUCUGGUCAGUUUAGACCAGAACACUUAUUAAAGUCUGAGAUUGCUAAAAUAACUGACAAAGGUGGGCUUGUAGAUUUUGAAGGGGUUGAGAGAUUAGUGCAACUCAUACAACCUGACAGUGCUGAGAAGAAAAUAGAUUUGACUUGUCGAAGAAUGCUGGUUGAUGUGAUAGCUGAUACAGACAGGUUUGAUUGCCUUGGAUGGUUUGUACAACUUAGGGGUUUGUCAGUGUUGGAUGAAUGGCUGCAAGAGGUUCACAAGGGGAAGAUUGGUGAUGGUAGUAGCCCCAAGGAAAGCGAUAAAUCUGCUGAGGAAUUUCUGUUGGUUUUACUUCGUGCAUUGGACAAGCUGCCUGUGAAUCUACAUGCACUACAGACUUGUAAUGUUGGUAAAUCAGUGAAUCACUUGCGAAGUCAUAAAAAUUCUGAGAUUCAGAAGAAAGCUAGGACUUUAGUUGACACAUGGAAGAAACGUGUUGAAGCUGAAAUGAAUAUGAUUGAUGCCAAGACGGGAUCGACUCGUGGUGGUUCAUGGCCAUCCAAGUCAGUGCUUUCAGAUGUUUCUCAUGUGGGGAACCGGCGUAAUGGAGGACCCUCCGAGGUUAGUGUGAAGAGCUCUACCUUACAAUCUUCUACUUGUAAAAUACCACCUAUUAAGCUUGGUUCUGGCGAAACUGUUGCCAAGAAUGUGUCGACAUCUCCUUGCUCAACAAAAUCGGCAGCAUUAGUGAGCUUUUCCAGUGGUGCUAGCGCAAAGGAUCCAAAUUCGGCGAAUUUAAUUGGUGGAUCCUCAGAUAUGCAUCUGUCAACAAUUAAGGAGGAGAAGAGCAGCAGUUCCAGUCAGUCUCAGAACAAUAGCCAAUCUUGUUCGAGUGAUCACGCAAAGAUGGGGGUUUCUUCUUGCAGGGAAGAUGCACGGAGUUCUACUGCUGGGUCAGUGAGUGUGAGUAAGAUUUCUGGCAGCACUCCUCGCAACCGGAAAUCAAGCAAUGGUCUUCAGGGGUCAGCUAUAUCAGGGGUUCAAAAGGAAACAAGUUAUGGAAAAUCUGGUUUCUUUAGUAGGAACUUGGCUUCUGAAAAGGUGUCACCUACUAGGGGUACUUAUGAAAGAGUUGCUGAUGUGCCCAAUGUGGAUCAUCAGCGACUGAUUGUCAGGUUGCCAAACACUGGUCGAAGUCCUGCACGAAAUGCCAAUGGAGGUUCUUUUGAAGAUCCUGCUGCUACAUUAAGCAAGGCUUCUCCUCCAGCACAGCCUGAAAAACUUGAUCAUCUUGAUAGGAAAGUAAAGGGAAAAAGUGAUGCCGUACAAGCUGGCAGUGCAUCAAACAUUAACAUGGAUUUAUUUCAGGGUGGAGAUGGGUUAGUCAGGUCUGAUGAAGGUAAUGUGUCGACCCCCAGUGCUAUUUGUAAUGAAUGGAGCAGGACUGCUGAUGAUGGUGGGAAGCUGAUGGAAGCAUCUAAAGUUAUUGGUUCAUCAUCUGGGGUUACGCCCAAACCAGGGAAAUCCUAUGAUGCUUCUUUCAGCUCUAUGAAUGCUUUGAUUGAAAGCUGUGUCAAGUUCUCUGAAGCUAGUACAACUGCCUCAGGUGGGGAUGAUAUUGGGAUGAAUCUGCUUGCUAGUGUGGCUGCUGGAGAGAUGUCCAGAUCUGAUGUCUCGCCAUUGGGUUCUCCUGGAAGAAAUUCACCUGUACCAGAGGAAUCUUGCUCUGGAAAUGACGUGAAAUCAAGACACUUGGAUGAGGAUACAGCUCGAACUGAGGAUCUAAACACUGGUGAGGCAAAUGGUGAUGCUAUACUGAAGCAAGGUAAUUCUGUUGAUUCUUUGCAUGUUAAGAAUGAAUCCCCACAUGAUGCUAUGCCUAUGUCAACAAACUUUUCUGAAGAUGGCAAGGAAUCCUUGUGUGGCUGUGAAGAGAAGACGGGGGAGUGCAGUGGCCAAUUGAAUUCUUCCAUUAGUUUGCAACAAAAUGCAUAUGGCUUGCACAUGAAACGUGAUGGGAAGCCUGUUCAAGUAAUUGAUGCUUCAUUAGCUAUCUCUUCUGAACAUGCUACAAAAGAGGGUGAUGUGGAGAAUGAAGGAACUGACCAGAAGUCAGGUGCUCUCCGGGCGAUAAUGAACAGUGUUUCGACUUCCAAAGUUAAAGCAAGGAGUCCCUUGUCUGAUGAAGAUAAGAAGAACUAUCAUGCAGAUGAACAAAUUGUUGAGAGCAGUACAUUAUUAGAUCCAGAAGCAGCUACUAGUGUAAAAGUUGAGAAACAAGGUAAUGCAGAAUCACCUUCUUGCUCGUCUUCAGAAAUGUGCAGGGAGGGCAAGAGUGCUUUGCCUAGGGAGUCAGGCUGUGGCAUCUUAACUGAGCAGAAGCUACCUGUUACAGCAAAGAUUCUCCAAGAGUCAGGUGGAAAAAGUGAGGGUUCUGUACUACCUUCUGGUUCUGUUAAUGUUUUGGGCAUGGAGUCAAAGGCUGAGAAGGCUAUUGAUAUGAAGGCAGCAAGUCAGACUGAGCAGAGCGAGAAACCAAAUAUUGACUUGAGUUCAACCAUUACACAUCAAAAUGAGGAAAGUUGCAAGGAGAAGUCAGCAAGAAAAGAGGUUCUUGAUCAUUGUCCUGAUGGAUCCAUUUCCCAUGCGGAGCCUCCCACAAUCCCUGUGCAACAAACAGAGGAGUGCAUCAAAUCUAAUGCAGGCAAGUUAGAUGGAAUUGAAGCUGGUGGGACAGGUGAACGUGCUUCCAGUGUGAAUGCUUCUGGAUCCGUGUCAGGAUCAGAUGCGGUUGUAAAGCUAGACUUCGAUCUGAAUGAAGGUUUUCCCGUUGAUGAUGGGUGCCAAGGGGAGUUUGUUAAGUCAUCAGUUCCUGGAAAUUUAUCCACUGUACAUCUGCCUUGCCCAUUACCCUUUCCUAUUUCUUCCAUGUCUGCAAGCUUUCCUGCUUCAAUUACUGUUGCCUCUGCUGCCAAAGGAUCAUUUCGCCCUCCUGAAAACCCAUUGAGAAGUAAAGGGGAACUUGGAUGGAAAGGAUCAGCUGCUACCAGCGCAUUCCGGCCGGCGGAACCCAGAAAGGUUUUGGAGAUGCCACUCAGUGCAACUGGUUCCCCUCCCGUUGAUAACAUAACGAGUAAGCGAGGGCGCUCUCCUCUUGACUUUGACCUGAAUGUGCCGGAUCAGAGAGUUCUUGAGGACGUGGCUUUUCAGUAUUCUGCACGGGUUACUUGUUUGGAAUCUGGGCCUACUGAUCGGCAUGGUGGUGGACUAGAUCUUGAUUUGAACAGAGUUGAUGAGAGUCCUGAUAUUGGGCAGUUCUCAGUUAGCAACAGUUGUAAAUUGGAAAUUCCACAAUUGUCCAGUAGAUCAUCAUUAUCUGGUGGAUUUUCUAAUGCUGAGUUGAACUCCUCAAGGGGCUUCGAUUUGAACAACGGACCUGGUCCUGAUGAAGGGGUCAAUGAAACAGCUCCACGUGCCAAAGGGAAUGUGCCAUUUCUAUCACCUUUGCCCUUUGUCAGAAUGAAUGCUACGGACCAAGGGAACUUUUCGUCAUGGUUCCCACAAAACAACUCCUAUUCAGCCAUUGCAAUCCCAUCGUUUCUCCCUGGUAGAGGGGAGCAGAGUUAUCCCAUUGUAUCUGCCACUGGGUCACAGAGGACAUUGGGUCCAACUGGUAUCUCGUUUGGUCCUGAAUUCUACAGGGGGCCAGUGUUGUCAUCCUCUCCUGCCAUUCCCUUUCCUCCAGCUGGCCCAUUUCAGUAUUCAGGAUUUCCAUUUGAGACCAAUUUUCCUCUGCCAUCAAAUUCAUAUUCGGGUGUCUCAACCGGAUAUGUGGAUUCUUCAUCUGUUGGGCCAGUUUGCUUCCCUGCCAUUCCCUCACAGCUGGUUGGACCUUCUGGUGUAGUAUCAUCACACUAUCCUCGACCCUACGUAAUGAACCUUCCAGGUGGUACAAGUACUGUUGGUCCUGAAAGUAGAAAAUGGGGAGGCCAGGCUCUAGAUCUUAAUACUGGUCCUGGGAAUACUGAUGUAGAACGUAGAGAUGAGAGGUUGUCUUCAGCUUUGAGGCAGCUCCCCGUUCCUGGUUCUCAAGCCUCAGCAGAUGAGCAAAUAAAACUGUAUCAGAUGGCAAGUGGGGUUUUGAAGAGAAAGGAGCCUGAUGGUGGGUGGGAUGGAGAUAGGAUUAGCUACAAACAACCCUCAUGGCAGUAGGACUACAGGGUUAUGGAAAAAUUUGUCAAUCUUUUCAGGCCUGCUGACAAAUCCUAGCAGUGUUCAACUAACUGGUCAAAUUUUGGCCGUCAGACGAGAAAAAGAGCUCCUUGUCCUGAACCAAUGAAGGCUGCUGGAGUCCUGGAGGAAUCGUUAUUGCUUGAAUCUGUUCUUACAUGGCAGUCAUUGCUGAUCAGUUCCUUGUGUAGAUAUGACUUUCGAAAAGAAUAUGUGGUGGUGGUGGCCUUGGGAAGUAUGGACUUUGGGUCGGCUGGUGCACUUGAAACUCAAAUCUGUAUCCAAUCCUUUUAGAUAUAAAGAGAGUAUUGAGGGUCGGAACUGUCCAGGCACAGUAUCUGGUUUGUAUCUUCUUUUUUAAUUAUUCUUUUCUCUCCCCUCCCCCCCCCAUCCUUUUUUUUACAAUGCUUUUUAGUUGUGACUGUAGUCCUGACUACCAAAUUUUGGUAUUAUUAUUAUUACCUCUUCAUAAUGAUAUUGCAUGGGCCAACCAACCAACCGUCAUUGUUGUCUGAUAUGUAUUUACAAUUUUUUUUUUUUGUUUAAAUAACAUGAUAAACUCAAAUUUAGUCUCA